GCAGCAAGCUGUUUGCACACAAAGGCCAGUCCCAGGACAAGGCAGUAAGUAACUGAGCUUCCUCUUAGAGAGAUACGUCCCUUAUCAUCAGUCUGAACUGAAUGCAAAUGAAGAAUUGUAAAAAGGAAUCUCGGAAAUAAACCAACAGGAAGAGGAACACAGCAGGGGAAGAGAACCUUAUCUUGAGGUGCAUAUAAAAGAAAAAGCAUCUUCAUUGGGAGCCCAGUUUUGCAAUGCAAAAUGCUGAAUGUGUCUUACAGUCAAAGUGAGAUGAGGAUGCUCAGCAGCUCUCAGAAUUAGGCUCACGUGUCUUCAGGCUGAAAAUGAUAUCAGGCACAAACCAUGAAUUACGUUGGGCAGUUAGCAGGUCAAGUAUUUUUUACUGUGAAGGAGCUCUACAAGGGAUUAAAUCCUGCCACGCUAUCUGGAUGUAUUGAUAUAAUUGUUGUACGUCAGCCAGAUGGAAGUCUUCAGUGUUCCCCUUUCCAUGUGCGCUUUGGGAAAAUGGGGGUUUUGCGUUCUAGAGAAAAAGUGGUUGACAUAGAAAUUAAUGGUGAACCUGUAGAUUUGCACAUGAAACUAGGGGACAAUGGAGAGGCAUUUUUUGUACAGGAAAUGGACAAUGAUCAGGAGGUAAUUCCUUACCACCUUGUUACCUCCCCCAUUCUAUCAGAGGGAGCUGCUCUGAUGGAAUCACAGCUGAAGAGGAACUUAAUGGACAGGGUGAGGAACCUGGACUCCACUGGAUCCUCACAGGUAUCAAUCCCCGGUCUUGCUUCCCAGUCUGCUAUAGAAAGCUCCUCGAUUUGUGUCUCUGUGAAGAAAAGAAGGAAGAGGAGGAGGAAAUCUACCCAUAAACUUGACAGUUUAAAAAGAGAAGAGAAUGGAGACACAUCAGAAGAUGAAGAAAUGUUUUCUAUACAGAUUAGUUCAGAGGAAGAGAAUGAGCCCGUGGACAAUAUGAGGAUAUCUGUUACGGAUGAGUUUAGUGAAGAAGUGUCUGAAAUAAAUGCUUCUGGAAUCAGUAAGCUUUCGCAGUCUGCACCAUACACCCAUUCAGAUGGAGAGUGGUCACCCCUUCAGAGUAACCCUAUAGAUUGCACAGGGCCAUCCUCUCAUCUCACUGUUUCAGCAGAUGGAGGCCUAUCUAGUUCUUGUCCUCAUCAAUCCUCUCACUUCCCUGCUACAGACAGUCCCUCAGGUUCACGCCCUCCCACUCCUAAGAGCGAUUCAGAAUUAGUCAGUAAAUCUUUGGACAGGGGGAUGCAGAAGAAUAACCCACAAAUUCACUGGGCCUGGGGAGAACUACCUCAAGCUGCAAAGUCCACUUCUCUACUCAAGGCAAAGGAAUCCAGCGUGGUGAAUGUAAACCCUUCAGAAAGCACUCAUUUUCAGGUCAUUCAGAGUGAGUCUGUGGAGGAGAUAAGCAGCUUGACUGCUUUACCUGCCAUUGGACAGGCAGCUGUUGCGGCUUCUGAUGUAAAUGACCCCCAGCCAGCGCCAGCUGAGAUAAAUGAACCAGAGAUAGAGGCUCUAGGAGCAGCUGCACCAUCACUGCCUGCAAAUGAAGAAAUCAAACAAGCUGCAGCUUGCUUAGUGCAGCAAGCAAACAAAAUAGAUUCCCCUUCUAGAAAGAAAGAUAAACGAAGCCGGCAUCUUGGUGCUGAUGGUGUCUAUUUAGAUGACCUCACUGACAUGGAUCCAGAAGUUGCUGCUCUUUAUUUCCCCAAAAACGGUGAUAAUAUUGCACAUGGAAAGAAUGCAAAUGAAAGUGGACCACGGUCAGCUAAUCAGUCCCCUCACUCUGGUGGAAGUUCAGGUGUUGACAGUGGUGUUGAAGGCGUCUCGGAUGGAAUAAGAGAUUUGCCUUCAAUUGCCAUUUCACUCUGUGGAGGUCUUAGUGAGAACAAAGAGAUAACAAAAGAUCAGUUCUUAGAACAAGCAGUAACGUAUCUGCAGUUUGUGGACAAUCCUGCUAUCAUUGACGACCCCAACCUUGUGGUUAAGAUUGGAAAUAAGUACUACAACUGGACAACAGCUGCUCCACUUCUACUGGCAAUGCAAGCAUUCCAGAAACCUUUGCCAAAGGCCACUGUGGAAUCUAUUAUGAGGGAUAAGAUGCCCAGGAAAGGUGGAAGAUGGUGGUUUUCAUGGCGAGGGAGGAAUAGCACUAUCAAAGAGGAAACCAAGCCAACGCAAGAUUUGAGUGGGAAUGUGCUUACUGCAGAAGAGGAGUCAUCACAAAUGAGCAUUGCAGACAGACUAAAGGAUGAAUCUUCUUCAAGUGAUGAAGACCCGAGAGCUGCAAAACCAAACAUUGGGUCAUUACAAACAAACUCAAGUCAUCUCUCUUUAUUGUCAGGAAUCAGUUACAAAAAGACCCUUCGACUCACUUCUGACCAGCUUAAAAGUCUAAAGCUCAAGAAUGGCCCUAAUGAUGUGAUCUUUAGUGUUACGACACAAUAUCAAGGCACAUGCCGCUGUGAAGGCACCAUCUACUUGUGGAAUUGGGAUGACAAGGUUAUUAUUUCUGACAUCGAUGGAACUAUCACAAGGUCGGAUACUUUAGGCCAUAUUUUGCCCACUCUUGGCAAGGAUUGGACGCACCAAGGGAUUGCAAAGUUGUACCAUAAAGUGAGCCAAAACGGGUACAAAUUUCUGUAUUGCUCGGCACGUGCUAUAGGAAUGGCAGACAUGACCAGAGGAUAUUUGCACUGGGUCAACGAACGAGGAACAGUGCUACCUCAAGGACCUGUGUUAUUAAGUCCAAGCAGCUUGUUCUCAGCCUUUCACAGGGAAGUGAUAGAAAAGAAGCCAGAAAAAUUUAAAGUUCAGUGUCUGACAGACAUCAAACAUUUGUUUCAUCCGAACACAGAUCCCUUUUAUGCUGCCUUUGGAAACAGACCUGCCGAUGUUUAUUCCUACAAGCAAGUGGGGGUCUCUUUAAACAGAAUAUUCACAGUUAAUCCCAAAGGAGAACUUAUACAAGAGCAUGCAAAAACCAACAUCUCAUCUUACGUCAGACUCUGUGAGGUGGUUGAUCACCUGUUUCCUUUGCUGAAAAGAAGCCAUUCUUCAGACUUCCCGUGUUCUGAUACCUACAGUCAGUUCACGUACUGGAGGGAACCACUACCACCUUUUGAAAACCAGGAUAUUCAUCCAUCCUCAUCUUAAAUGCAUCUACAGCCUCUUGUUCAAAGGACUGGUUAUCGUAUAUUUAAAAGACACAGCUUGGUUUUUGCCUUGGAUAGAUCAGCUGGAAUCUGUGCUAUUGUGAGCAUUGUAUUCAUUUGUUAAAAACAAAUUUGGAACUGUGUUUCCAUGCUUAAAGUCACCUUUCCAGUGACUAGGCAUGAGAGUGGUGCUUCCAACUUCUCAGCCAACAUGCUCAAAAUGUGCAACAGUCUUAUUAAAAAAGAUCAAUUACAAGUGCAAUGAUACUGCUUUUCACUUAAAAAUACUAUAAGGUUUAGUUAAAAAAAACCCACCAGUGGUUCUCAACCUUUUCCUCACCAUGUCUGUCAUGAACCAUCUAGCCAGAACCCUCUUCCAUUUAGCAGGAUGGGAAGGGCAGGGUUUCAACACCCUGACACGACCUCUGUCAAAUUAAAAAUCUCUUGUUUAAAAGAACAGACAGUAAUCCCCUCCCAGACAAGCAUAGGAUUGUAUAAGAGUUAUUGGGCCAAAACUUUAGCUGGUUUAAAUUGGCUUUUUUUUUCCUGGGAAAUAAAUAAUGCACAUUGUAAACUGAAAGUAAGAGAAAUAAAAAUAUUGUAUCUGAUUCUGUCAUCCCUACUCACCUUGAGCAGUACCUUACUCCAAAGGCAGUCCAUUUGGAUUAAGGUACAGUGUAAGUAUACAAGUGGAAGAAUUCAACUCAUUGGGUGAAAUCCUGGCCCUGUUGAAGUAAAUGGCAAAACUCCUGUUGUCACCAGUAAGGUCAAGAUUUUAUCCAUUGAUUGCACAGAGUUGCACUUUGCUGGAGCUGACAGCUUCAAGGGAUUUGUCAGAACUGAAAAGUAUUUUGUGAAGCAUUUUCUAUGGCUAACAUGUGAACUUGCUGCUGGGUUAAGGGUGCAUCUCAUGAUUUCACCUUGCAGCAUUUUUUCAGUUGUGUGUGCUUUGCAGUACAUCUGGCCAUCUUUGGCAUCAAUGAAAUCUUUCUUUCCACUUUCAGUUCUAUACCUGAAAUGUCUUUCUCAUUUGCACAGACACUGGUUGUAUGUACUGCUCUGUUAUAUUACUACUUUUCAGUGCCUUAAAAUUUUAACUGUGUGCAUUGGGGGUCAAUAUUGCAGAUCAUUUGAGAACAUUUUCAAGUAAUGUACUGCAGUUCUUCGCUUUAAAAUUGCUAACUUCAACUGGCCAAUACCAAAUGUUCAAACAUUUGUGCUUGCGAUAAAUAGUAACUGAUUAUCUUUUUUAUUUUAAAGAUAUGUCCAAGCAGAAUUGUUUUCUGAAAAUGGCAUCAUGGGAUUCUGUGUUUAGUGUAUUUCAGUUUCUCCCAUAUCAAAUUUGCUCAGUUUAAAAGGAAAGGCUAGACCCUGCUCCUGAUUUAACUCAAUGGAAGUUUUGCCACUGGCAGUGGGAAAUAAAUUGGUGCCCCAGAAUAUGGAUUUUCUAACUGCUGGCCCUGCAUACGCACUUAUUUUGGAUGUUAAAGUCAAGGGGCCAAUUCACAUUGCCCUGCAUCUUGAGUAAUCAUUUACACAAGUGCCCAAAGUCUUUCCUUCUUGUGCAGCAUCACUGGAUCUCUGACCCAGGAAAAGAAUAUUUCAGGUGCAUGUAUGCUGUAGUUAAGUCAGAAAGAGAGUACAAGGAGGAAAAACACAUUUUGACUUCCAGUUCUUAGGUCAAGUGUGCAGGGCUGGCAGUUUUAAACAAAAACAAAUAUAUAUAUUUUUUAUUGUAAACUGAACAAAUUUGGUAUUGAGUCCCGGAGACACUGUCAGUGUGGGCCUCAGGGUGCCAAUUUAAGAGAGUCACGUCUGUACAACCAGGCUUUAAUUUAUAUUAUGUGACUCUUGGCUGUAUAAGGCAGGGAUUAGGAGUAGUGAUGUGAUUUUAUCUCUGUAUAAAGCCUCAGUGAGACCAAUGCUACAAUAUCUCAUACAGGUUUAAAAUGACCACAUUUUAAAAAGAUGUUGUUGAAAAUUGGAGAGGGUUCAGAAAGAGUUACAAAAAUGAUCAGGGUCUGG